AUGUCUUCAAAAGAACAAAUUUGCGUAUGUGGAGAGAAUUGUAAAUGUGAAGGAAUUUGUACUUGUGGCAAACAAAGUAAAGAACAUACCACUUCAACUAAACCAGGAAUCAAAGAAACUGAACAUCGUCAAAAUUCUGGCGAACCCAAAGCAUGCGAGCGUGUACUUGUUCCGAUUGUAAAUGUGCACCAUCCGCAUGUACAUGCGGCAAGAAAUGAUUUGGGGAUGUAA